AUGCCUUUAUCCACUAAAUUCCAAGCAGCAGCUGCACCAGUAGCACCUCUAACAAUCCCUCUACCAUUAGAGGAAAAUGAGGAACCAGUCAAAGAAAGGGUUUACCUCAGUUCUUGGGAUCCUACUCCAUUGCUCAAAGAAUUAUAUGAAAUUCGGUUGAUGGACGAUGAUACAGAGGAUCUUUCUUACAAAUUUAUUGAGAUGGAAGGUUUGAUGGAGAAACUUCCCAUGAACAAGAAAAAAGCUACGUUGUUAAAGACCUGGAAACGUAGAUAUUUCCGAGCAAAGAAUGGCUGGUUAGUUUAUUAUGAUAAUCGGAAUGAUGAGAAGCCAAGUGAUGAACUUUUAUUAAUGGGUGGCCAAAUCCAUGCCAUGGGAAACCAAGUGAUUGGUAUUGACGAUGGGAAAGUUGUAUUGAUUGAAUUUGGAAGUAUGUCAAUCCGAGCUGGAAUCUUGAAAGAAAAUGCCACCCUGCCUCAACUCUUCUUUCCCAACACUGUUGCCGUCAGCAGCGAAAACAACAUGGUAAAACAUGUGAUUGGUUUUGAUGCCUAUAAGCCUGAAGUUCGACACUCCUCUCAAUUAGUUCAGCCUUUUGGCCCAACAGACAAAGUUGACAAGUUCAAAGUUGAUUUUGACACUCUGCCGUCUGUUUUCACUGCAAUUUUCAAAGAUUUAAAAAUUGCUACUGAAGAAUAUUAUGUGAUAGAAUUUCAAACAAUAUCUCUUUUCGUUUCAACUUGCUUUGUUUCCAAAAACUUUAACGAAGAUUGCCAACAGUACCAGAAAAAUCCUGAAAAAUUCCGGGAAACUCUAUACCUAAAAAAAUAUAACAUUCCAGAUGAAAUUUACACCACAAUCAGUCAUAGCCUUAGCCGCUUUGUUAGUCCUGAAGGAUUAUUUAAUACAGAUUUAUGGGGAAUGGAUUAUCCAACUAUACAAUCCCUGGUGAUGAAUGCUAUUCAAGCUUGCCCUCUGGACAACAGACGACACCUGUGCAGUAAUACAGGUUCACACCUCACCCCAAAGAUAUCAUGCUGCUUACAUUGGAGCAUGUGCAUUAUGUUCUAUGUCAGAGUUUGA